GUCGUUUUAAGGUUUGGUCUUCCAGUAGUCAUGGACAUGGACAUGUAAAGGACGACAUUCCAAUCAAAGAAAUGCUUGGAUUUGUCUAGAGAUUUGUAUGUGGACUUAUUAAAUCAAUAAGCAAUCAUACUGGCUUUGAUCUCUUCUGCCAUGUAUGGUUUCUGAUUGAUUAUAUUUUGCUUUUCAAGGGAGCAUCUGCUUUCUGCCUGCCUGCCAGCCAUAAAUGGCUAUUCGUAUAAAUUCCUGUUCUUCUUCCUCCUCGAGUGCCUUUUCUGCAAUAUAUUCUGCUAGUCUUGAGGCAAUUCCUGCAAGAGUUUGCUUCUCCUCCUGGAAUUCUAAGAAUUACUCAAAAAUUCAACAAAACAGGCAUUUUCAGAUAAAAGCAUCAAAUGUUCAGCCAUUAAAUGCUGCAUCUUUGCGAGCCGGUGUAUGCGCAAGUUCUCCGGCCAUAGAAGAUGUCGAAACUCCAGCUAAACUUUUAGAAACAGAAAAAUCAAAGUCUGCUGAUCUCAGUAUUAUUGUUGUUGGAGCAUCAGGGGAGCUUGCCAGGAACAAGAUCUUUCCAGCUCUGUUUGCUCUUUUCUGCGGAAAUCGCCUACCUAAGAAUAUCACAAUUUUCGGCUAUGCAAGGAGUACAAUGACCAAUGAGGAGCUGAGGAACUUGAUUAGCACGAGUUUGACUUGUAGAAUAGACAAUAGCGAAAACUGUGAAGAAAAGAUGGAUCAAUUUCUACAGAGAUGUUUUUACCAUUCGGGUCAGUACAGUUCUGAGGAGCACUUUUUGGAGUUAGACCAGAAGAUCAAAGAGAAAGAGUCAGGAAGACAGUCCAAUAGGUUGUUUUACUUAGCAAUACCUCCAAGUAUGUUUAUUGAUGUGGUGAGAUGUGCCCAACGCCGAGCUUCUUCAGAGGAUGGAUGGACAAGAGUCAUUGUUGAGAAACCUUUUGGUAGAGAUGUAGACUCGUCAAGGGAGAUGACAAGAUGCUUAAAGCAAUAUCUGACUGAGGACCAAAUCUUCAGAAUUGAUCAUCACAUGGGCGAGGAGCUCGUGGACAAUCUGUUAGUGCUUCGCUUCUCUAACCUUAUUUUCCAGCCUUUGUGGUCCCGGAACUACAUUCGCAAUGUUCAGUUUAUAUUUUCGGAAGAUUCUGGGACAGAGAGAAGAGGCAGAUACUUUGAUAACUAUGGAAUCAUCCGGGAUAUUAUGCAAAAUCAUCUCCUGCAAAUACUAGCACUAUUCGCAAUGGAGACGCCUGUCAGUUUAGAUGCAGAGGACAUCAGGAAUGAGAAGGUCAAGGUUUUGCGCUCAUUGAGACCUGUUCAGCUAGAAGAUGUAGUCGUUGGUCAGUAUAAGGGCGGCCAAGGCAUAGGAAAUGCAAUAAAUCUUGCAUAUAUUGAUGAUCCAACUGUGUCAAAGAAUAGCCUGACACCAACUUUUGCUGCUGCAACACUCUUCAUUGAUAAUGCUCGUUGGGAUGGAGUUCCUUUCUUGAUGGUUGCAGGCAAGGCCCUUCAAUCAACGCAAGCGGAGAUCAGAGUUCAAUUCAGACAUGUGCCCGGAAACUUGUACGACCGGAACUUCGGAACCGAUUUAGAUAAGACCACGAAUGAGCUUGUGCUUCGAGUACAACCUGAUGAAGCCAUUUACCUGAAGAUCAACAGCAAGGUUCCAGGCCUUGGAAUGAGAUUAGAUUUAAGUGACCUGAAUUUGCUAUACAAAUCAAGGUAUCCGAAAGAGAUUCCUGAUACAUACGAAAGGCUACUAUUAGAUGCUAUAGAAGGAGAGCCAAGGCUGUUUCUAAGGAGUGAUGAGCUUGAUGCAGCUUGGAGAGUAUUCAGACCAUUACUGAAAGAAUUAGAAGAGAAAAAAAUUGCGCCAGAGCUCUACUCAUAUGGCAGUAAUGGUCCAGUUGGUGUGCACUAUCUUGCAGCUAAGCAUAGUAUUCGCUGGGGCGAAUUCGGCGAUGACUCUUGAAUCAUCAGGAUACUGAAUUUUCUACCAUUGAUUUUAUUUUCCCAGUUGAUAAUUUUCCCUGCAA